GAUCAGGUCGUGCAUCAGUGGCCAAUCACGUCCAGGCUUAAGGUUUUGGAGGUGGAGUCAAAGUUUCAUUCCUAGAAAAACCUGGAGGCCAUACAACUUUCAUUAUAUAUCAUGCUGUUAAAAUGUGCCAAGGAAUUGUGCAUAAAUUUAUGCCCCCUAUAAUCCUGUCCAAACUAUAAUCCAAAAAUAGUUGCCUUCAGGCAAUGAUAUUGUCCAUUGUUUAAGGUCUGAACGAUAUUCAGUUGUUUGAAUUGGCACAUGUUCUACUGUAGACCAAGCCAUUUGGAGCAGAACCUGAGCAAGCCUGGAAAUUCAAUUACUGUACCACAUACCCAUGAGAAUUUCUGUUCUCCCCUUCAGACAGCAAAACAAUGAGAUCUCUGGAAGUUUCCCAAAAGAAAAAAGCAUUGGAAGAAGAUGAAUGUGGGGGACCGUUUUGCUCAAAACAUGCUAUUGCUGUUUCUCAUGUUUCCCUGAGCAAAACACAAUGGAGAUUUCCAUUAUACUUUCGGAACUGAUUUCAAAGUGUGGUCCUCCUUCAAAACAAGUCUGUAUAUGCCUAGAUUGUGUAGUUCAGGUAUGUGAAACCAAAACCAUUCCUCUCUGAAUAGAUUUCAAGCACCUAAGCUAAGAAGACAUGGUAGCCACACUUUUGAGUGCUUCCAAAUUGUAUCUGCUUGUUUAUGUUUUAUCUAGAGGACAUGUUACAGAAGCUUUACAAGACAUUAACAAGUACAUAAAACACUAUGAAGGUCUGUCUUAUGACAGAGAGCUCAUAAACCAACAGCACCAACGCAUCAAACGAGAGACUCAUCCAAACAAACAAGAACUUAAUGUAGACUUCAACGCUUUUCAAAGGGAAUUCCACCUGCGUCUCAAACCAGAUGCAAAUGGCUUCACAGAAGAUUUCAAGGUCCAGUCAGAAGAUGAAACUCAGAUGGUGGAUCUCUCUCACAUAUACUCUGGAGUCCUAGAAGAUGAGAAUGAAUCAUCAUGUCAGGGGUCUGUUCUUGAGGGUCAGUUUGAGGGCUCCAUUAAAACAGCCAAUGGGACGUUCUACGUCGAGCCCAUUGACAGAUACAGCACCUCCAAAACUGACCACCACUCCAUCAUUUAUCACGAGGAUGAUGUGGACAGCACUCCCUUGAAACAGGCUCACGCUGGGUUCUGUGGUGCCGAGAGGCUGCAGCAUCUUGUCCAAAACCACCAAGAGAUACCAGUGUCCAGGUCAAAGCGGAAGGUCGACCAGUCCAAAACCAGCUGUCUUCUGCACCUCCAUGCAGACCACCUCUUCUACAAACGCUUUGAAAGUGUUGAAGCUGUUGUGGCUCAGGUUGCCUCCUACAUGAAAGCAGUGAACGACAUUUACGGCAAAGCUGACUUUGACGGCAUAGACCUGGUCAACUUCAAAGUCAAAUUCCUCACCGUGAUCACCAAGGAAGAUCCCAGCAGUCCUUUGAGCAAGAAUUACAUUGGGCCCGAGAAGCUGUUGAGUCUGUUUUCCGAGAUGAACUGGAACGACUACUGCCUGUCUUACCUCCUGACCAACAGAGACUUCAGCGGGGUUCUUGGCCUGGCCUGGGAAGGAAAACCAGAUAACUGGGGAGGAAUCUGCUCUGAAAUGAUUUUGAAGACUGAUCGCAGUUCCAGCCAUAACACAGGUCUAAUCACUGUUCAAAACUACGGCUACUACCUUUCUCCCAAACAUGUGCAUCUGACCUUCGCCCAUGAGUUGGGUCAUAGUCUUGGAGCACCUCACGAUGAGGGUUCGGACUGUGGAGGCCUGGAGAUCACCGGUGGCAAAGGCAGGUUCUUGAUGUUCCCUCAAGCCUCCUACAGGAUUGAGGAGAACAGUGACAGGUUUUCCCCUUGCAGCUUGCGGCACAUGAGUCACAUUCUGAAUGUCAAGAAGGACAAAUGCUUUGUAGUUAGUGACCAGCCCAUUUGUGGAAACCGCAUCGUAGAAGACGGGGAAGAAUGUGACGUGGGCCAUGAUGAAAAUGAUCCAUGCUGUUACAGCUCGAAGGAACCUGCAGGUGUUGAAUGUCGACUGAAGCCAGGCAAACAAUGCAGUCCUAGCCAAGGUCUGUGCUGCAGCUCCCACUGUGUCUUCAAGGACCAUGGGGUGAUGUGUGAACGUCAGUAUGAGUGUCGCAACCAAAGCGUAUGCAACGGUUCCUCUGCUGUAUGUCCAGAACCCGCUGCCAGGCCAGACAUGACAAAAUGCAGUAAUGGUACACGUGUCUGUUUUAAUGGGGAAUGUGGCAUGUCUCUCUGCGCAUUGUAUAACAUGGUGCAGUGUGACUGCCCGGGAGAGAACAAGACAGAGAAGUGCCACAUGUGCUGCCAGCAGAGAGAUAAACCUAAUACCUGUGCAAGCACCACUUCUUCGGUUCUUCUACAGUACUUUAAAGGGGAACGUGUGGCUUUGGUUCCUGGGACGCCCUGCUCUGGAAACCAAGGCUACUGCGACAGGUUCAAAGUGUGCCGAAUCCUAGACGCUGACGGCCCAAUUGCAAGGCUUAAGAAUUCUCUCCUGAAAUUGGAUGAGUUUGAUGACCUUGCUGAUUGGAUGAAGGCACAUUGGUGGGCGAUACUUCUGGGUAUUCUCGCCAUUUCAGCAGUAAUGGCCGGAACUAUCUGUGUUUUUGGCCAGCCACUUGAGAUUGAUGACAAGUAAACAUCUUUCCACUUGGAGCCUUCCAACUGGCAAAAAACACUCCCUGCAAGCAAGAAAACAUUGCUUUUGAGGCAA